AUGGAGACAAUUCCAGGCGCCACUCAGGCCAGCCAGACUCAUUUCGUUAUGCUCCGAAGAUCCUUGGCCUUAUCAAAUGCUGUCGGCCACAAAGCAAUCACCGCCUCAGAUGCGGGCGUGCUUCUUAAGCGGCCAUUGUCCGGAGGGCUCGAAUCCGUAGGAACUCAAUGUGAUCUAAAUGUGCAGCUCCAUCGGGAUAAGAAGAUGGAUACAGAGUUGUCGGUCUACUCUACAUUUUCCGAGGAAACUACCGAGCAAGAAGAUGAUAGUAUAUACUACCCAGAGGGAGGUCUGCAAGCAUGGCUGGUGGUCUUCGGCGCAUGGUGCGCCAUGGUCCCAGCCUUGGGCUUGAUGAACACCGCAGGAACAAUCCAUAUCUGGACCAGUACCCAUCAGCUCAGAGACUACCCAGAGUCGAGCUAUGGCUGGAUAUAUGGUGCAUAUGGAUUCUUCCUUUACUUUGCAGGAGCCCAAAGUGGUCCGUAUUCAUCCAAGUCAAGCCUUGAGGGGGCCAAUCUUGGAUACAUGGGGACCAACCUACAUCAUUAUCCCAGGGUCCAUCGGCAUGGUAGUGUCGUUGAAUACUAUCAGAUAUUUCUCUCCUUCAGCGUCUUGGGAGGAAUAUCGGCAAGUGCUCUGUUCACUCCAGCUGUUGCAGCAAUCGGCCAUUGGUUCAAUGUCCGUCGAGCGUUUGUCACUGGACUUGCUUGCACAGCAGGCGGGCUCGGAGGUGUGAUUUUCCCUGCAAUCAUUUACUUCAACGCGCCAAAGAUCGGAUUUGGCUGGUCGAUUCGGAUUAUUGCACUCUUGAGCCUUGUACUUUGUGCUAUCGCUUGCCUCUUGAUUAAGACCCGGUUACCCCUCGGCAAAGAAACCGGAGGCAGUGCGCUGGCAGAUUUCAGAGCACUGAAAGAUCCCAAGUACGCCGUCACCACACUCGCAAUCUUUCUGGCUGAUUUCGCUGUGUUUGUGCCAAACACAUACCUGUCUUCAUAUGCAGUCCACGUCGGCUUGAGCAACACAGUGUCAUACCUGUUGCUUAUCUUCCUGAACAUCGGACUGAUCCCUGGCCGUCUGCUACCAGGCCUAGCUGCUGAUCGAUUGGGAAGGUUCAAUAUGAUGGUCGUCACCUCCCUCGUAUGCUCGAUAUUGACGCUUGCAUUGUGGUACAAGGCUGGUAGUAGCUUAGGCGCCAUUGUCUGCUAUGCCGUAUUGUUUGGCUUCUGGAGCGGAGCUGCUAUGAGUUUGUCCCCGGUCUGUAUCUCGCAGAUCUGUGCAACGGAGGAGUAUGGAGCGCGAACUGGCACGACGUAUACCAUCGCCAGUCUUGGAGUGCUCACGGGGAUUCCAAUCGCGGGUGCGAUCAUCCAGCACGAUCAUGGGCAGUAUGGUGGGCUCAUCAUCUUCGCGGGGGUGCUGUAUCUUGCAGCUGCUGCAGUGUUUGCCGUGGCUCGGGGGAUUUGCAGGGGGCUGAGUGGAAACACCACUGCGAUAAGCAGGGUGGUAUACAUGAAAACAGGUAGUGCGGAGUUCAAGCAUCAGCUUCCUCUUCCGUUGUUUGCUUUUGUUGACAGGUGGACGGUUCCGUACAACCGAAGCAAAAACAUUCUUCUGGGUGACAUUGUGCCCAAGGAGCAUACCAACGCGUUAGUUUCCUGGCUAGUGCCUAGCAUCCUUGUCGAACUCAGCUCGGCGAGUUCAGCGGUCUGGUUGUCGAGCCUCCAGCACUGUGUCAGUAGCAGUCACAAUCCGCCAAAGAAGUCACUGUAG